CUUGGUGUUUUCCCAAGUCAAAUAAGUUUGCCAGGAAAAAUGACUCACUUCAUCUACCACCAAUUUUGGUCCUCUCUUUCCCUUCUCCUCCUACCCGCAAAAAACCCUUUCUUCGCUGCUCGUCAUAAGCCAUGGAUUCUCAAUUUCCCGCCGGCGGGACAACCCCAAACCGUCAGCUUCAAAUCCAAGGUCCGCGUCCAGCUCCUCUAAAAGUCAGCAAAGAUUCCCAUAAAAUCAGAAAGCCGCCUUACCCACCAUCCCACGCCGCUUUUGGCCAACCGCCAGCUGCUGCUGCUGUACCGGAUCAACGCCGUCAGCCGGUAAUAAUCUAUGCCGUCUCACCCAAAGUCAUCCACGCCAACGAAUCCGAGUUCAUGUCCAUCGUCCAACUCUACACGGGUCUUUCAUCCGGAGACUUCUCUGGCGCCAGCGACGUUUCCCCGGCAGCAAGGUUGGCAGUGACGGAGAGGGCGAGUCCGAGCCCGAGGGAGAAGAUAGUGGACUCGAGGAUUAUGGGGGAUGGUGGGAUGGACGAGGGGCUGAUUCGACCACCGACAGGGAUACUUUCGCCUGCACCGGAGACGUUGCCUGCAGUAUCGACAGGGAUUUUCUUUACACCAACUUCGGAAGCGAGAAUGAUGUCGCCUUGGCAUGACUGGAGCCCAAUGAUACAUGGAAGUGGAUUCAUGAUGUCGCCAUUAAUUUCUUCUCCAAAUUCCGACAUUUUUGCUCAAAUUUGGAACUUUUAGCCAUUCUUUUUUCAAUAUCCGAAUCAAAUUUUGGGUUUAUAAAUUUGGGAAUUCUAUUGCUAAGAUCAGAUUCAGGGGCUUCAUCAAAUUAUAAUAAUGUUUAUAAUGCCAUAAA